AUGCCUCAUAAUAAACUUAGAGUAGUCCUUCAGAAGGCGUUUUCGUCAGAGAAGCUUCGGUUACCAAAGGAGCAGAUAGACGAAAGCAGAGAGCGGGCUAUGAAGGCCACGCUUUGGCGACAAGGAGUCGCAAGGCAGAAGUGGCAUUUUGGGACUGUGGAUAAAAACGGCAAUCAAUUUCCUCUUGGCACAAAUGUUUGUAAUACUGUGAACAACCCAAACUUCAUCAUUAAUAUCCCCGUUGCCAACAUAUUUUAUGAUCCUCCAAUUCCUGCAAUUGGAUAUACACCUUUAGCUCGUCCUCCUCCAGCAAUGUAUAAUGCUGUUGUUGCGAUAGAUCUGUACGAAGUUCAGCAGGCUGUUUUAAUGAAUCAAGCAAAAUAA